AUGAGCCGGGGAAACCUUCAGGGCACGUUCCGAGUGAAGUCUUUUCCUCGGUUGUGCUCCCUGAGCCCCCAGGCCAUGGAGGGGGACCCAGGUCUCCCUCAGACCUCACCCCGCCCCGGUCCCGAGUCUGAGCCUCCUCCUACGCCUCUUCCCGAGGCCGCGGGAUCCCGUCCCGCCCUCCCUCACAGACAGCAGCGCUCCAGCUCGGCCCCAGCUCCCUCCCCGCUCCUCCUCGCGCCCUCCUGCCGCGAAACACUGAAAUGCGAUUGGUCGAGGCGCAGCGAGGCCCCGCCCAGCGGCGCCCGGAUAGCGUCAGGCACAAAGCGAUGCAGCAGCGGCGCGCCGGAAGUGAGGGAGGAGGCGGAGCCUACGAGGAAUGUGACGGCAGCGUCGGCCAAUCAGAGCGCGGGGAAGGGGCGUGGCCUGGCGGUGCCGCGGAGCCGGGAGGGUCAGAGAGGGAGCCGGGACAAACCGGGACAGAACGGGACCAAACGGGACCGAACGGGACAAACCGGGACCGACGGGACCAACCGGGACCUACGGGAGAAACCGGGACCGACAGGACAAACCGGGACCGGCGGGAACAGGGACAGGAACCGGGACAGGGACAGACCGCCCUCACCGGCAUCAAUCUGGACAGGAACAGCGAGUGACCGUUCUCACCGGGGUGUCACGGCCACCGGGACCACCGGGCCUGGCCCCGUCCCUCCAGCAUUAGCCACACUCCGGUUUUGUUUGCCACGCUCCUUUCCCCGCUGGCCCCGCCGCUCCAUGUCCCACGCGGUGCUGCUGCUGCGGCGGCUCCGGGAGCGGCGCCGGCACCGGAACCGGGACAGCGGUGAGGAACAGGACUGGGGCGGGGACCAGCACGGGGUUCGGGAUCAGGACCUUGACAGAGAUCAGCACCGGGACCGGCACCGUGCGCGCCAUCAGAACCUUGACGAGGACCGAGAUCAUCCCCGGCACCGGGAUGAAAACCACGAACGGGACCGCGCUCAGGGCUGGGCUCAGGACCAGCACCACAGCCCGGAUCUCCCAGCCAGGAUCUCCCUCCCCGCGCCCUCGGCUGCUCCCCCAUCCCCAUCCCCGAGCCCCCGCCGCGGCCGCCGCCGCCGCCCGUACCCGGCGCAGCGCAUUUACCGGGUGCGCUGCUCGUUCCUGGAGCUGAGCGAGGAGCAGGCGCUGCGGCGCUGCCGCCUGGACCGAGCGGCCAUCGCGGCGCUGUGCCGGGAGCUCGGUGCCGACCUGCAGAGCCUCACCGGCCGCAGCCACGCGCUGCCCGUGGCCGUCAAAGUCACCUCGGCCUUGGCCUUCCUGGCCUCGGGCUCCUUCCAGACGGCAUCGCGCCUCAGCACCGGCAUCAGCCAGUCUGCCAUGUCCAACUGCCUGGCGCAGUUCCUGGCAGCGCUGCAGAGACGGGCUCCGCGUUACAUCGCCUUCCCCCCGCCGCCCGCGCCCCCCGGGGACCCCCCGGCGCUGCCCGGGGUGCUGGGGCUGGUGGGUGCCAUGCACGUGGCGCUGAGGGCACCGGCUGACAACGAGCCCCUGUUCCGGAACGCCGCCAACUUCCACUCCAUCAACAUGCAGGUGGUGUGCGACCGCCACGGCGCCAUCACCAACGUGGUGGCCAAAUUCCCCGGCUCGUGUGCCAACGCCACCGUCCUGGAGAACUCGGCCCUGGCACGUCUGAUGGAGGGCAGCAGGAUGGAGGGGGUCUGGCUGUUGGGUGACCGCACGUACCCGCUGAAGCCGUGGCUGCUGACGCCGAUCUCGGGCCCGCGGGGAGCGGCCGAGCUGCGCUACAACGCGCUGCACUCGCGGACCCUCGACCCCCUGCGCCGCACCCUGGGGCUGCUGCGCCACCGCUUCCGCUGCCUGGCGGGCGGGGGGCUGCAGUACAGCCCCCCCAAGGUCUGCCAGAUCUUCCUGGCCUGCUGCAUCCUGCACAACAUUGCCCUGCGCCGCCGCGUCCCCCUCGAGCCCCCCGAGGGGCUCCCGCCCGCCCCCGGCCACCCCGAGCCUCCCCCGCAGCCGCCGCCGCCCCCCGGGCCGGGGUCUCGGGAGGGGCGGGCGGUGAGGGCCAGGGUGGUGCAGCAGUAUCCGGUCCCGCGCCAGAACGGGUCCGUCACGCCGCAGUGA